AUGGCCCUGCGGUGCCUGGUGCUGAGCUGGGCCCAGCAGCAGGGUGAGCGGCUGCAGGCGCAGACGGCCAGCCUCGCGGCCGAGCGGGAGGAGAUGGCCCAGCUCAUCGACUGGAUUACGGCCGCCGAGGAGGCGCUGAGCCUGCGGGACCAGGAGCCACUGCCGGAGGAGGCUGAGCAGCUGGAGGAGCUCAAUGCCCAGCACACGGUGUUCAUGGAGGAGCUGAACCGCAAGCAGCCCGAUGUGGAGAAGGUCACCAAGAGCUGCAAGCGGAAGCUGGCCACGGAGCUGGGCCCACCGGCUGCCCGCCGGCUGGCCACACGGCGCCGCAGCACGGGGAAGGUGCAGGGCGUGCCGGCGGUGCCGCUCGGGGGGCUGGAGCCCCAGACACCCCUCAUGGCCCAGCUCCUGCACCGCUGGCAGCAGCUCUGGCUUCUGGCCCUGGACCGGCAGUACCGGCUGGAGACCGCGCUGCAGCGCCUGCGAGAGGAGUUUGCUCACUUUGACUUCGGGGUCUGGAGAAAGCGUUACAUGCAGUGGAUCAGCCAAAUGAAGUCCCGUGUCCUGGAUGUUUUCCGAGGCAUCGACAGGGAUCAGGACGGGCGCAUCAGCCAGCGGGAGUUCAUCGAGAGCGUCCUCUCCUCCAAGUUCCCUACCAACGUCUUGGAGAUGAACGCCGUGGCGAGCAUCUUCGACAUGAAUGGCGACGGCUUCAUCGACUACUACGAGUUUGUCAGUGCCCUGCACCCCAACCGGGACCCGCUGCGCCGGACCGCCGACGCCGACCAGAUCCAGGACGAGGUGAACAGGCAAGUGGCCCAGUGCAACUGUGCCAAGCGCUUCCAGGUGGAGCAGAUCAGCGCCAACAGGUACCGGUUCGGGGAGUCCCAGCAGCUGCGGAUGGUGCGGAUCCUGCGCAGCACCCUGAUGGUGCGGGUCGGUGGGGGCUGGAUCGCGCUGGACGAGUUCCUGGUGAAGAACGACCCCUGCAGAGUGAAGGGAAGGACCAACCUGAAGAUCAACGAGAAGUACCUGUCCCCAGAUGCCUUUGGGGCUGUCGCGGCCAAGUGUGCGGGGAACCAGUCGGCCCCCUCAUCCAAAGUGCUGUCCCCCAGCCGCUCCAACUCCAGCCUCAGCCUUUACAGCAGCGCCUCAGCCCCCAGCAGCCCCUUGGCCAGGAAGUCGGUGCUGCGGCGGACACGCUCCGGAGACCGGUGUCCCCGCUCCCGCGGCUCCCUGCUGCCUGACGGAGCUGAGCUGCAGUUCACCGCGGCCGAGGAGAGCCUGGCCGUGGCACCCCCAGGCGGUGGGACCCCUGCCCUGCUGACGCAUGCUCACGUCACCCCGCUAACUGGACAGCAGUAG